AGCCAAAGGGAUCUUAUUGUGCGCUGGAGCCCCUUUUGCUCUCUCUCCGUCCCUCUCCCCUCGGUCUCCGGCAAAAAUUCCUCAUGUCCAACUCCCUAGCGACAAUCCGGAAGCCAGAAACCCUAGAGCUCACUAGAUUUCGAACAAAAACCCUAAUUUUCUCCUUUAGCUUCGUCAAACUCUGUCUGAGUUUGGAACUUUGCAGCUAAUCAGCCUCGAGAUCUCCAACUUAGGGUUUGUGGGAGCCAUGGAGGGCUUCAUGUUUUCGACGCCUAUGAUCAUUUCUCCAGGUGUGGUUGAAAAUUUGGACUUGGAUAUAGUGUCUCUGAAAUUUCUCCCAUUACAUGGAGGUUGACCUGGCGAUACUGGAGGCACUGUUGCUGAAUCUUCUGAGUUUUCACAAGCAUGUGUGCCAUGGAAAAUUACCUUCAGAUGAGGCUUGGAUCCUAAAACCAGGAAUUGAUGUGGAACCUCGUAUAGGUGAUGUAGAGGAUAUAAUGGACAAUUCUGUUGCAAGAGAUUUGUUUGAGCCAAUACUAGAACCUUAUGAAGGCUUGGAGUUUGAUUCUGAAGAUGCUGCCAAGUCAUUCUAUAUUGCAUAUGCCACUCAGAUGGGAUUUAAAGCACGUGUCAGCUCAUUCAUCCGUUCAAAGCGCGAUAAAACAAUCAUCUCGCGACAACUUGUAUGUUCCAGAGAGGGUUUUCGUUCAACAAAAGAUGCAAACAAUGAAGGCAGGACUAAACGGCCUCGCAUGAUAACUAGAGUGGGUUGUAGAGCUAUGAUUAUGGUAAAGAAGCAAAGCUCAGGAAAAUGGGUUGUGUCGAAGUUUGAAAAAAUCCAUAAUCAUGUACUUGGCACGCAAGGGAAAGUGGUGAUGUUGGAUUAUGAUCCUUACGUGCGUGAGAAUGAUGAAGUGAUAGAAAAUCCAAGUGGAAAUGAAACUAAUGCCCAUGGUGGGUUUGUGGGUAAUGCUAAUGAAAUGGUGGUUGUUCCACCUGAAGGGGAUCCUCAUCUUGAACCACGUGUAGGUAUGGAGUUUGAAUCUCAGCAGGAGGCUCAAGGAUUCUACAAAGAAUAUGCUAGGCGGGUGGGAUUUAGAGCACGUGUUAGCUCGUACUAUCGAUCAAAACGUGAUAACUCAAUUAUUUCUCGGUUGAUUGUCUGUUCAAAAGAAGGCUUUCGUGCAAAGAAAGAUGAGAAUGCUGAAGAAAGACUUCAGCGGCCUAGAGCUGUCACAAGGGUUGGCUGCAAGGCAAUGAUUAUGGUGAAGAAGCGAGAUUCUGGAAAAUGGAUUGUUUCGAAGCUGGUAAAACAUCAUAAUCAUGCUCUGGCUCCAAGAACAGCAUCAGAUGACGAAUGCUCUGAGGCUGAGGAUGAUGAGAUGGUCAAAAUUGAGCGGGCCUUAGUCGCACAUGAAGGAGAUGCAAUAACAGAACCAUAUGAAGGUAUGGAAUUUGAGUCUGAAGAGUCGGCAAAGUUAUUUUAUUUUGCAUACUCUCGGCGUGUUGGCUUUAAUAUGCGGGUGAGUACAUACUAUCGCUCAAAGCGUGACAAGUCAAUCAUAUCUCGGUUGUUUGUGUGUUCCAAAGAAGGAUUCUAUGUGAAGAAAGAUGCAAGUAGUGAAGGCAAGAUUAAAAGGCCUCGAGAAGCCACAAGGGUAGGUUGCAAAGCAAUGCUCAUGGUAAAGAAGAACAAUUGUGGGAAAUGGAUUGUUUCAAAAUUUGAAAAAGAUCAUAAUCACCCGCUGGGGUCUCUAAGGAAAUUACGCAAAUUGCGGAAACGGAAGCAUUCAUCUGGUAAUUUAAAGAAAAAAAACCAAAUUGAACUGAACCAUGCUGAUCGGGAAUCUCCAACACUGCGGUACAACAAUUUGUGUCGUGAAGCCAUGAAAUAUGCAGAAGCUGGAGCAGCAUCUCCAGAUGUUUACAAUGUGGCUAUGCGUGCUUUACAAGAGGCCGUUAAAAAGGUUGCGGCUAUUAAAAGGAACUCUGGAGUAGUUCCCAGACUUGGAACAGAUGUCAGUGGAGGUAAUAUAGAGGACAAUAAUAACCAGUAUUGCGAGGUUGAAAGUCCUAGUCAUCUUAAUCAACAAUCCAGAACAAGAACACACUCUUCACAUUCUCCAUCCAAGGCAAGUUAUGAGAGACCUCCUCGGAAGUUGAGAUUGUGCAAUGCAUGCAAGCUGCCUAGUGAUCAUACCAGCCGGAGUUGUCCAACAAAGCAGCAGGUGAGCAUAGUUCCUAAUGAAGCAAUAAAUGUAAUAUCUGAUGAACCAAUUAACGAGCUGAUUCAGCAGGGUGACUUACAAUGAUUCGGCAUGUACAGCAGAUGGUACACCUGUAAAUGUAAACUUAUGUUAGUGCAGAUUAUGUCAAUGAAAGCUAAUGUGGCAGCCUACUAGUGGUCUUUGUAUUGUUUCAUGCAGAGAUCAAUUGAUCAAGCUUGUGGGCUAUUGUGGUCAAUUUUGCACUGUGAGCAUAUUCACUAACGUAUGAAGGUAAACACGAAGUCUAGGUUUAGGUUUUCACAAGCCUGUAGAUGUCGUNAACCCCGAUGGGUUCUGUAAGAUGUCACUCGGAAAAUGGCACCGAAAGCAAAGGAAAAAUAUUAAUGGUCGGUCUGCGUUCUUGGGCUUUGCCCUUAUUUCCUUGAACUGGGGAUUAGGCUUGGUCAUGUUUAAGUGCAUGUUGCAGACGGGCAAGUAGCUUAUUCAGUGAUGUGAUGUACUUUUGGGUAGGGUUAUACAUUCGAGUCCACCAUAUCAGCCAAAAUUGUGCUGUUUCAGUUCUUAUGUUUGCAAAAGCUAGUUAGAAUAACUGCUGGCAUAGCUAUUGAUGUAUAUGAUUGGAGCAUAGCUAUUGAUGUAUAUGAUUGGAGCCUCCUCGGUUUUGCUGGCAUGACUGUUGAUGUAUAUGUUUCAUCCGUCUUUCUUAUAGAUUUCAAAAUGACAUGUUUGUAUUUUAGGGUUUU